GAGUUUCCCAAACCCCAAUCCUCCUAAAACCCUCACAAAACCCUAGCAAACCUCUUCUCUGGAAAUGGCGUUCAACUCGAUUCUUCGCAAGUCGAGUCCUUUAUUGAGGUCUUUUGCUGCUGCGGGCCAAUUGAUCAAGAAAACCCAACCGGGUCAUCGCGCCGCCCUGUUCGCCGCCGUCAACCAGCUGCACCGGCACCAGGAUUCCGUGGUUCCGAGAUUUCACUUUUCUUCUGUGGCUGUCAAGAACAAACCCACCUCCGAUGAGACCCUUCUCCGAGUCAUCGAAUCCGAAAUCACCUGCGCUGAGGAAACCGACGAUCACAGCGCUGAGGAGGAUCUUCCGAAAAAUUUUCCUUUUAAGAUAGUUGAUAAUCCGGGAAACCAGACCAUAACACUGGAAAGGACUUACCAAGGUGAAGAGAUUAAGGUUCAGGUUGACAUGCCUGAUCUUGUCACAGGGGAAGAAAAUGGUGUUGAUGGUGGCGGUGAUGAUGAGAGUGAGAGAGCAUCUCAGUCAAGCCUUCCACUUUCAGUGAGUGUUUCCAAGAAGGGUGGACCCUUCUUGGAGUUUAGCUGUAUGGCUUACUCUGAUGAGAUUGUUAUUGACAGCUUGUCUGUUAAGAAUCCUGAGCUUUCUGAGGAUCAAAUUGCUUAUGAGGGACCGGAUUUUCAGGAUCUGGAUGAGAGUUUGCAGAAGUCUUUCCACAAGUAUUUAGAAAUCAGAGGAAUCAAACCUAGCACAACAAAUUUCUUGCAUGAGUACAUGAUCAACAAGGACAGUAAAGAAUACUUGGUGUGGUUGAAAAAGGUCAAGAGCUUCAUUCAAGCAUGAGCUUUCAUUCAAGAGUUAUGUGCUUACAACUGCUGUCUGUCAGCUUGGAAGAUGCUGAUUUUUUGUCAAAUCACUUAGUAUGCAUUUGAAGAAAAACAUAAUCAGAGAUCCUAACAUUAUGUUUCAGUAGUAGCUCAUAUUAAAGGCACAUUAUUAUGGCUGAAAAUGUUUAGUUAUUUUAUUUUAUCCACCUGCAUUUCUCGUGGGUGCUUUGUUAGACGGCUUUUAGCUGGGAUUCAUAAGCUGUGCGCAUUUUUAUAUGUAGCAAGAUAGUAUAUGGCUAUAUGUUGAACUUGUGGUUUGGCUUCAAUUUGAUGAAUGCAUCUCUAUCGCUUAUGGAAUAGAA